AAGACAGCAUCUUUAAGAGGCCUUCCAAAGCCAUCGACGAGCUCCUCCUCUAUUUCGCUCUCUCUCUCUCUAAAGUCCUUGUGGUUUUCUCUCUCUCUACAAUCUCAUCCUCUCCGAUUCGUCCUAUUCUCGAUCCACCACUCAUCACCACCACUGCAACCAUGAGCGAUGAGGGAGAAAAGACUUGUCCUCUCUGUGCUGAGGAGAUGGAUUUGACGGAUCAGCAAUUGAAGCCUUGCAAAUGUGGUUACGAGAUCUGUGUUUGGUGCUGGCAUCACGUAAUGGACAUGGCUGAGAAGGAUGAGACAGAAGGGCGGUGUCCAGCAUGCCGUACUCCCUACAACAAGGAAAAGAUUGUAGGGAUGGCAGCAAAUUGUGAAAGGUUGGUGGUUGAGAUGAAUAUGGAGAGAAAAGUAAAGCCACAAAAGGCAAAAGGUAAAACAUCUGAAGGAAGAAAGCAACUUAGCAGUGUGCGAGUGAUUCAACGAAAUCUUGUCUACAUUGUGGGGUUACCUCUUAAUCUGGCAGAUGAAGACCAGCUUCUCCAGCGGAGAGAGUAUUUUGGUCAGUAUGGAAAGGUGCUGAAGGUGUCUAUAUCUCGGACAGCCGCUGGUGCUAUUCAACAUUUUGCAAACAAUACGUGUAGUGUAUAUAUUACUUACUCAAAGGAGGAGGAAGCGGUUCGAUGUAUUCAAUCAGUGCAUGGGUUUACCUUGGAUGGUAGAUCAUUGAGGGCAUGCUUUGGAACCACAAAGUAUUGUCAUGCCUGGCUGAGAAAUGUGCCUUGCAGCAAUCCUGAUUGUCUGUAUUUGCACGAGAUUGGCACACAAGAAGAUAGUUUCACUAAAGAUGAAAUAAUAUCAGCAUACACAAGGAGUAGAGUUCAACAAAUCACUGGUGCUGUAAAUGAUAUGCAAAGGCGUUCAGGGAAUGUUCUACCACCACCAGCAGAUGAGUACUGCAUUAACAGCUCUGUUUCUUCAGGAAAACCUAUUAGUAAAAGUGCUUCAAAUGUUGCAUCUGACUGGCAGAAUCCAGCAAGCAGUGUCAAAGGUUCUCCGCCAAAUAGCAGCUCUGGUCGAUCUGUUGCUCUCCCAGCAGCAGCCUCAUGGGGAACUCGACCUUCUACUAAUGGUCAGCCACCAUCUCCAAGUUUAAUAUGUUCAAAUGGACCUUCAAAACAGAAGCCUGAAACAUGCAGUGGUUCUGUGGCAUUUUCAACAGCAGUUGCAGGCACAGCUCAGGUUCCUCUAUUGCAUGGUGAUGUUGGAAAGAAGCUUGUUCCUUUUGAAGGCCGGACAAUUCUACAUAAAGGUAAACAGGAGCCACUUGAACCUGUUAGACAGAAUGUAGGCACAGAUCAUCAAACAACUACUUCUGAGGCUCCUGACACUCCAGGACUUCCUGAUAUGUCAACUGUGAAUGGUCAGUUACAUUCUCCACUAGCAUCAGAGGAUAAGGAUAGAUGCAUCAGUGUAGCACCUGAUAAUACAAAUUCUUUUGAUCUUUGUGGGCAAUCUUAUUCUUCUGGUUCAGACAAAGACCUGAAUGUUUCUGCUAAUGGAAAUAUUCAGAAUUUAUGCUCUGAUGUGGCAUCAAUGAACAUUGAUAAACGUCCUAUGGGUGAACAUUAUGGGGAUAACAGGCCUAAUAGUUUACUUUCUGAUAAUACCUUGGUUAAUUCACCUCGAAAUCAAGGGUUACAACAAUGCUAUACUGAGCAAUUUAGGGAACCAUCAACGGCACAUGUCCUUGGGAAAGCUGUGGCAUCUACUGAUGAUAUUUAUGUUACAAGAGAUCAAUCAGAUUGGAGAUCAGAUUCUGUUACAAGAGAACAGUCUGAUUUGAGAUCGGAUUCCCAAACUCAAGUAGCAAACACAGAUUCUCAAGUCACAUUUCCUGACGUGGAAGAGGAUUUGCAAUAUUUUGAAGAUCAGAGACUCAAGGAUCCAGAAGUCAUUACUAACAAGAGCUACUUUACUCAUGCAUCUCCCUCCUUUCCUCUCUCUAAUCAUUCUAGGGUUUAUUCUCUUAAGCAGAAUGAGCCUUAUGGUUCAACUAGUUUCAACCUAGAUCCUCAAAUGUUAGAUAAGAAAGUUGACAAAGGCUCACUGCUGCAUCCAUCUGGUGUUCCAGCAGUACGUAAUGGGUUCCCUGAGGAUAUAGUCAGUAGUUCUGUUGAUUCAGACAGGGCAGUUGAAUAUUCAUAUUUGCUUCCAAAUGAAGUGAAAAAGAAGCACGUUGGGAGAUUUGUAGGUGAAGCAGCCAAUGCUAACCAAAAUGUUGCUACAGAUAUGGGAGAGAACAGCAUAAUUUCAAAUAUUUUGUCCAUGGACUUUGAUGUAUGGGAUGAGUCAUUAACUUCACCUCAGAAUUUGGCUAAAUUGUUGGGUGAAACUGAUAGACAGCAAAGAUCUCUUAAAUUAUCAAAUUCCUGGAAAGCGCAAAACAGCAGUCAGUCCAGGUUUUCUUUUGCAAGACAGGAGGAAUCUAAAAAUCAAGUAUCUGAUGUUGAACCAUCUUUGCAUAAUAUUGGGCAAGUGCUGAAGGAUCGUCCGUUAAGCCAUGGUUUUCCAGAAAGCAGAGAUUUCAAUUUUGAUAAGUUUGGUGAUAGUAAUGGUUUCUCUACAUUUAACAUUGAGGAAUCUGAUAAUUUUGCGAACAGCCACUCUUAUAUAUCUUCUAACAAGCUUUCAGGUUCAAGAGCUCAAAUUUUUGCCCCUCCUGGAUUUUCAGCUCCCACUUCCAGCAGAGCACCACCCCCAGGCUUUCCUUCUCAUGAGAGAAUGGAACCAACUUUUGAUGCCAUGUCUGGGAAUCAUUUGCUUGAUGCUUCGUCCUUGUUGAGAAAUCCAUAUCAGGCACCGCUAACAGGUAAUAUUGGUAGUGCUGGGGACAUUGAAUUUAUGGAUCCUGCGAUUUUGGCAGUAGGCAAGGGGAGACUUCCGGGUGGGCUUAAUAAUAAUGCUGCCGGCUUAGACAUGAGAUCAAACUUUCCUCCACAAUUAAAUGCCUUUGAAAAUGAGGCUAGGCUUCAAUUGUUGAUGCAAAGAUCUCUUUCUCCACUACAGAACCACAGAUUUGCUGACAUGGGUGAUGGUUAUAAUACACAUAGUGAUGCUUACAGAGUUCCCUCGAGGAUUAUGGAGCAAACACUAGCCAGCAAUCUAUCCCCAUUUCCACAGCUCUCUCGUCAACAGUCUAGACCUGCGCUAAUGUCAAAUGGUCAGUGGGAUGGUUGGAAUGAGGUUCAGAGUGGAAAUGAUCUGGGUAUGUCAGAACUCCUUAGAACCGAGAUUUUGGGAUAUAACAAGGUCUACAAUGGUUAUGAGGAUUCGAAGUUUCGGAUGCCCAGUUCAGGCGAUAUAUACAACAGAACGUAUGGGAUUUGAUGUGUAGUGAAUUGAUUUAUUUGCCUUGGCAUAUAGAGGUGUAAACUGAGAAACAGAAGAAUCAUGUCGAAAUUGAUGGCCUUGCUCGAGAAAGAUGAAACAGUCCCUUGAUUUGGUCUGACUUUGUGGAUUGUGGUAGAAGGAUCAAACCCUCCGAAACUGGGGUUGCCGGAAACCAGCAGAUGUAAGCCUGAGAUCUUUGUUUGCUACAAAUGGUUGAUUGACGGGUGUGCUGUAUAUGAUCAGACUGGUAAGUUAUACUUGAGACAUCGAGUGUUUUGUUUUGCUUCCAAUUAAAGAAAAUAAUGAUAAUCAAGAUGUAAUAAUGAAUAUAGAUAAAAUUGGAAAUCGGUUUUGUUUUUUGUUUCAUUCUUUUGGCCAAUGGUUAUAUGGGCUACCGAGCAAGAGGGGUAUGAAUGUCAGUUCAGUUGUCACAAUGUGAAUUGUUUUUUUAAGUUGAUUUUUGAAGAGUUGGAAUAGAUCAGUCUUACCCUUUUUUCCUCCCCCA